AUGUGGAAACCGCACGCUCCGCCGCCUACUCGCAUCACUAAAUCGCCCGAUCCGGAGUCUAAGAAGACGGCGCGUCGUAUCGCGCAGAUUGUUAAGCUGAAGCCAGAGUUUAUUGAUAAAUAUAAAGAAGUACACAGUGCUGUGUGGCCCGAGGUUCUAGAGCAAAUCAAGGCCUGCAAUAUCGAAGACUACAGCAUAUUUCAUGACCCCGGUACGGGUAUCCUCUUCGCGAGCUUUAAAUAUGUUGGAAGCGACUAUGCCGACGAUAUGGCCCGUAUGCGAGAGAAUCCAAAAGUAAGAGAGUGGUGGGCAAUGACGGAUGGUUUCCAAGAGAGCUUCGUACCCGGCGCUCAUAGUAGUGAAUCCGGCCCUUCGUGGUGGAGGGAGGUUGAGGAGGUGUUUUAUUUAGAAUAG